CUCCCGUUGACUUUUCACGCCGUUAUUCAAUAACAUGAAUUGGUUCCAUGCGAUGAAGUUCGGAGCAGGAAUUUAGAUAAAAAUUGUAAAGUUUUGGCCCUACGGUUUCGUCGCUCGGAGGCACGGGAGGAUGUCUCAGAUGCUGAGGCUGCUCUCGGCCGUUGCCUCUCCUCUCUGCCGGGCCGGAGGGGCCCGGGCUCGGCUCUCCGCGGUGACCGCGGGACGGCUCUUCUCAGCCGGGUGUCGGACCUCCUCUGCAGCGAACGUCUCUCGGACUCCAGCGAAGCUUCUGACGUGUCGCCGGUUUCAGUCAUUUCAGCGGCGACUGUUCUCCGCUGAGCCGAAAGAUGGAAAAGGGGGCGGAGCUUCAGGAGGCGGGAAGAGAGGCGGAAAAGACUGGUGGAGCCGAAUGCAAAAGGGAGACUUCCCCUGGGACGAGAAGGACUUCCGGUACCUGGCCAUCGCGGCGGCCGGCGUCGGUUCGGUUCUGCUGUUCUUCUACUUCAGAGACACCGGGCGGGAGAUCAGCUGGAAGGAGUUUGUGCACGGCUACGUGAGCAGAGGCAUGGUGGAGCGGCUGGAGGUCGUUAACAAGCAGUACGUCCGAGUCAUCUUGGUGCCGGGGGCCGACGCCGACACGAACUACGCCUGGUUCAACAUCGGCAGCGUCGACACCUUCGAGCGGAACCUGGAGGUGGCGACGAUGGAGCUCGGCCUGGAGCCGUCGCGCCGCCCGGCCGUCGUCUACAGCACGGAGAGCGACGGCUCUUUCCUGAUGAGCAUGAUUCCCACCGUGCUGCUCAUCGGCUUCCUGCUCUUCACCCUGCGGCGGGGGCCGAUGGGCGGGGGCCCCGGCGGCGGCAAGGGGGGGCCCUUCAGCAUGAGCGAGUCCACGGCCAAGAUGAUGAAGGACAACAUCGACGUGAAGUUCAAGGACGUGGCGGGCUGCGAGGAGGCCAAGCUGGAGAUCCUGGAGUUCGUCAACUUCCUGAAGAACCCAAAGCAGUACCAGGACCUGGGGGCCAAGAUCCCCAAGGGGGCCGUGCUGUCGGGGCCCCCCGGGACGGGGAAGACGCUGCUCGCCAAAGCCACGGCCGGAGAGGCCAACGUCCCGUUCAUCACCGUCAACGGCUCCGAGUUCCUGGAGAUGUUCGUGGGCGUCGGCCCCGCCAGGGUGAGGGACAUGUUCGCCAUGGCGAGGAAGAACGCCCCCUGCAUCCUCUUCAUCGACGAGAUCGACGCCGUGGGCAGGAAGAGGGGCGGCGGGAACUUCGGGGGUCAGAGCGAGCAGGAGAACACGCUGAACCAGCUGCUGGUGGAGAUGGACGGUUUCAACACGGCGACUAACGUGGUGGUUUUAGCCGGAACCAACAGACCGGACAUCCUGGACCCGGCGCUGAUGAGACCGGGUCGCUUCGACCGACAGAUCUACAUCGGUCCUCCGGACAUCAAAGGCCGAGCCUCCAUCUUUAAGGUCCACCUGCGUCCCAUCAAGCUGGACCCCAACAUGGACAAAGACCACCUCGCCAGGAAGAUGGCCGCCGCCACGCCGGGCUUCACCGGCGCCGACAUCGCCAACGUCUGCAACGAGGCGGCGCUCAUUGCUGCUCGCCACCUCAACGCCUCGGUCAACGGGAAGCACUUUGAGCAGGCCAUCGACCGCGUGAUCGGAGGGCUGGAGAAGAAGACUCAGGUGCUGCAGCCCGGCGAGAAGAAGACGGUGGCGUACCACGAGGCGGGGCACGCCAUCGUGGGCUGGUUCCUGCAGCACGCUGACCCGCUGCUGAAGGUGUCCAUCAUCCCCCGGGGGAAGGGGCUGGGCUACGCGCAGUACCUCCCCAGGGAGCAGUACCUGUACAGCAAGGAGCAGCUGUUUGACCGGAUGUGCAUGAUGCUGGGGGGCCGCGUGGCCGAGCACGUCUUCUUCCAGCGCAUCACCACCGGCGCUCAGGACGACCUGAAGAAGGUCACGCAGUCCGCCUACGCGCAGGUGGUCCAGUUCGGGAUGAGCGACAAAGUGGGCCAGGUGUCCUUCGACCUGCCCCGGCAGGGCGAGAUGGUCCUGGAGAAGCCGUACAGCGAGGCCACGGCCGAGCUCAUCGACUCGGAGGUCCGGGCGCUGGUGGACCGGGCCUACCAGCGCACGCUGGAGCUCAUCCUGGAGAAGAAGGAGCUGGUGGAGCUGGUGGGGAAGCGCCUCCUGGACAAGGAGGUGCUGGACAAGGCCGACAUGCUGGAGCUGCUCGGUCCGCGGCCCUUCGAGGAGAAGUCCACCUACGAGGACUUUGUGGAGGGGACGGGGAGCUUCGAGGAGGACACCAGCCUCCCUGAGGGCCUCCGGGACUGGAACAAGGAGAGGGGGGAGGGGGAGGAGGGGGGUGAGGAGGAGAAAGCGGAGGAGGUGGGAGGAGGCAGCAAGGAGGCCACCAGCCCCCCUCAGAACAAACAGCAGGCGGUGUAACGGGGGGGGAAACUUCCAGCUGUAAGAACAUCACGGAGCCGGCUGCUCGCAGGUCAAAGGUCAACGAGGGUUCAUUCGAUGCGUCCACCAGCGAAGUCCGUCGAACAGAUGAUUCCUUCAAGGACUGGAAUGAAGGAUCAGACAGGAAGUGGCUCCAGGAGACGGUUUUUAGUGUAAAUGAUGCUCAUUGUUGUUAUUUGUAUUUAUAGAGUUUUGAUCCCCGGCUGACGAGAACUUUACUGCAAAAAAAUGUAGAACAUUUUGCAGGUUUAAAUAUUUUCAGGAUUGAGAAGUGAUUUAUUUGCUCAGUUUCUUUUUUAAUGAACUUGUGAAUAAUAAAUCCACAGCGACCGUC